AUGAGGGGACCUGAGCCUCAUCCGAGUCACCGUGGCUCGUCGCCUGCCAUCCGAACCUUCGCUCCAGACGGCCGCACCUUGGAAGCAGGAUCAACCGGAGUGCCAAGAUCUCCUUCGCCCCUCCGAGCGGCCUCCCUGGACGUCCGCGCCGCGCCCCUGGCCCACGGCUCGCUGGCUUCCCUUGCUGACUCACCCACGCCUUCCAGUCCUCGGCACCUGCCUCCAAGAUGUCUGUCCCCUCUGCUGAUGCCUCCAAGACGGAUAGACCGGAGCAACUCUCUAGUAGAGAGCAGCAGCGGCUUGGGCCCCCUGAGCCCCGGCGCUGGGGCCUCCGUCAGCGCCCUUGGAGCCCUGCAGCCGGACCUGUACACCAAGCGGGAGGCGCCCCUGGUCAUCGAGCUGGAGGGCGCGGGGCCCUCGCUAGGGCGCAUCCACCUUCGGCUGAAGUACGACUUUGACCGGUCUGAUUUGGAAGUGCAUCUUAUUGAGGCUCACGACCUGGCAGGCUAUGAAGCGGGCGGCUUCAACGACCCAUACGUCCGAGUGACUCUCCUACCCGAGGUGGACACCCGCGUGCGGCAGACGCCUGUACACCGGAAUGAGGCCAACCCCUUCUUUGACCAGCACUUUAAGUUUCCUGUGUCGCAUGAUGACUUAGGCGACAAGGUGCUGCUGUUGCAGGUCUUCGAUUAUGACAGAUUCUCCCGCAACGAGGUGAUGGGGUCAGCCAAGGUUCCCUUAUCCCGCGUGGAGGUAGCAGGAGGCGCCGAGGUCUGGGCAGAGCUGUCCCGCGAGAGACGCCCUCCAGAGGAGCUGCAGGAACUCCUGCUGUCUCUAUCGUACCUGCCCUCAGCAGAACGGCUCACCGUGGUCGUUCUGAAGGCGCGGAAUCUGCUGCCACCGCAAGAGGGAAAGGAUGCUUUGGAUGUAUUUGUCAAGGUAUAUCUCCUCGUGAACGGGAAGAGAGUGAAAAAGAAGAAAACAAAUAGGAAAGAGAUAAACAAUCCCGUCUGGAACGAGGCUCUAUCGUUCAGCCUGCCAUCUGCCAAUCUUCAAGAGGCUUCAAUCGAGGUGUGCGUGGUGACCGGCGGCGGCAGCGGACUGGUGGUGGGCUGGUGUUGCGUGGGCGCCGCGGAGCCCGCCGCCGAGGGGCGUCACUGGGCCCAGAUGGCGCACGAGACGAGGAAGGCGGUGGCCAUGUGGCACACGCUCAGAUAGGCGCACAACAGUUAUCAUAACAAAUACUUCUAAGUAUUACUAGACAAGAUCAGGAAAGGCCGAUUUGCACCAUCUUACUUUAACUUUGACAAACGUCAAAAAUCUGUCAAACUCCAUAGAAAAGGCACCGGUUA